AUGUACUGGUUUCAACUGGAUCCACUCAGCACAGCCUUCAGCCCACACCAAUCCAGCUGUCAGGGAGCCAAGUUCGAGGUGUCGCAGGAGGAUGCGCGACCUGUGGAUCCCAAUUGCUUGAAAGGAGUCGAUGAUUUGCUUUCACUGGGCGACUUCAAUGAGGGAGCGCUCUUGCACAAUGUACGCUCCAGAUACUUCAACGAUAACAUCUACACAGGAAUCGGCAGCCCGAUUCUGAUUUCCGUGAAUCCAUUCCAAAACCUUGCUGGCCUUUAUUCAGAAGCGAAGCAAAAGUUUUACCGAGAGCAGUCUGCAGCAGCAGGCAGUGGCGAGGAAGCAAAUCUUCCUCCUCAUUUGUUCUCGGUGGCUGCUGCUUCAUAUGCAGCCAUGCUGAAUGACGCUCGAAAUCAGUCCAUCAUCAUUUCUGGUGAGAGUGGGGCUGGAAAGACGGAGGCUACGAAGAAGAUCCUCAUGUACUUCGCAAACCUCCAACGGGUUUCAGGCAAUGAGACGGAGAAAACCAGCAUUGAAGAGCAGGUCCUCAAGUCCAAUCCGAUCCUGGAGGCUUUUGGCAAUGCCAAAACGAUACGCAACGACAAUUCUUCUCGCUUCGGCAAGUUCAUAGACAUAGAGUUUGAUCCCUCAGGGAAGCUGACGAGCGCUCGGAUCUCCAACUACUUACUGGAGAAGAGCCGGAUCGUGAAACAACAGCCAGAUGAAAGAGGAUACCAUGUCUUCUACCAGAUUUGCGCUGGUGCUUCGAUGCUCCCCGAACUUGGACCUUCCCUUGGGCUUCAGUCUGCAUCAGAACAUGCGUAUUCUUCAGUUUGCACUCACAUCCCCGGAGUUGAUGAUGCUGAAAUGCUUCAGGAAGCUUUGGAAUGCAUGGACGGCCUUGGCUUCAGUUCAGAUGAGAAGCGUUCGGUUUUUCAGCUAGUUGCUGCUGUGCUUUUGCUUGGAGACAUGCACUUCCAGGAGGGAAACGAUGGCAGCCUCAUAGGCGAUGCAGCCCUAGCAGAGAAGAUUUGCGAACUCCUGCAGGUUUCCAGGGAUGACUUCACAAGGACAUUUCAGUACACGACCUUGGAAGAUCCUUUCAACAAGCAGAUCAUCAACAUGCAGCAGGAUCCUGCAAGCUCCUCAAACACUCGGCACUCAAUGGCCAAGCAUUUGUAUUCUCGACUAUUUGAUUGGCUUGUGUGGCGCAUCAACCAGAGCACAGCUGGCAAUGUCAUAGGCAGCAAGAAGGACGCCAUGAAGAAGAUUGGAAUAUUGGACAUUUAUGGGUUUGAGGUGUUUGACUGGAACUCUUUUGAGCAGCUUUGCAUCAACUUUGCGAACGAGAAGCUGCAACAGCACUUCAAUUCUCACAUGUUCACCAUGGAACAGCGCCUGUACACAGAGGAGGGCAUAUCCUGGAGUCAUAUCGAGUGGCAAGACAACCGAGAGAUCAUUGACAGCUUGGAAAAGAAGCCGUUUGGGCUCUUCAACAUCCUCGACUCGGAGUGCAGCAUGCCAAAGGCUACAGACGACACCUGCUUGAGCAAGAUCCACAGCACAUUCAAGUCAUCCAAAGUGGUCUACAAGACCUCUCGCUUUAAGUCGACAAAUUUUGCCGUGGCGCACUAUGCGGGGGAGGUGGUGUAUGAUGUUCUUUCAUUUCUUGAGAAGAAUACCGACAAGUUGCAUGCGGACAUUAUCAAUCUAUUGAAAUCAUCCUCAAUGCCUAUUGCCCGCACGCUCUUCUCAGAUCCUCGCUUUGCACCAGACACACAGGCGCAAGCUCAAGGGAGAUCAGGAGGAUCGCCACCACCCAGGCGCGGUGCAACAGAUUCGAGCCAGCGCGCCAAGCAGAACAUCACAGUCAGCAUGAUGUUCCGGCAGCAGCUGGAUCGGCUUGUGGAAGACCUGAAUCGCACGAAUCCGCGCUACAUUCGCUGCAUAAAGCCCAACGGCAAAAAGCAGGAUCAUGACAUGGAUUCUCUGGAUGUUCAGCGACAGCUGCGGUGCGCGGGCAUGCUAGAGUCAAUCCGGAUCAGGAGA